AUGCCCCCAUCGCCCUGGCCCUGCCCUGACGAAGCCGUGGCAAGCGAGCCAUCCACUCCGCAUUCCGCGCGACAUGGUGAGUUUACCCUCACGUCACAGCCGCCCAACAUCGCUGUCCGCGAACUGACCACGUCUCUCCGCCUUACACAGGCCUCGGACAAGCACUCGAGGGCACAGGAGCUCGAGCGAGUCUACCAAAUGCGCCGUGGACAUGCGCCGCAGAUAUCCAUAAGCGAUGACAGCCACCAUGUCACAGAGGCCAUAGGCGACCUGUACGGCGGAGACAGCGACACCGAGUCGCUCAAGCGCACCUCGCGUCCGCUAAGCUUCGUGCCCAGCCCCAACGGCGAUUCGCUACACUCGUUUGGCGGCUUCGACCCCUUUGAUCCCUUCCCAGGUGCUCCUCCCGCAAGGUCUCCCCUUCGCCCCCAGCUGUCCCCCGACAAGCCUGCGUCGCCAACAAGCCCCAAGGACGAGAAGCAGCCACCAAAGGGGCCGCCUGGCCCCAACGGCCAAAUGUCCCCGCCAUUGUCUCGCUCCAACUCGGACACGGCCUCGCAGCAGUUUCCCCUCAACGACCUGGACUACGAGUCGAGUCCCGCUGGCUUGGCCCAGGAACUCAGCAAUCUGCAGGCUAUCCGCCGCAUGUCCAUGGGCGUCAACAACGCCGACCCAGACCUCCCCUCGUUCAAGUCCAACUCGCCCCCGCUAUCCCCCCCAGCCGUGUCGGAAGAAGAGGAGACGAAGCUCUUCUGGGUGCCCGCCCGCUUGCACCCCGAGCUGGCGCCCAAGGAGUUCAAGACGUUCAUCGAGGAGAAGGUGGAUAGGAUCAGACGCCGCUCUGGCGAUGCAGACUCGUUGUCGCCCGAUAGCGCCCUCGGGCGCCAGGGUUCCGGUGGUGGAGGGCUGCGGAGGAAGAAGUCGAUGCUCUCGAGGCAGAUUGACACAGGCUCAGGCUACAAGGAUGGCGCCGAGAGGCUGGAGAGGAAACGAUCUGGCACCCAGUCCAGUGGAGGGAUUGGCAAUCUCCAUGAGCUCGAGCACAUAGUGGAAGAUCCCGUUGCCCUAAUCGAACGCAUGAGCAUCGACUCGAAAGAUUCGGGUGCAGAUGGCGAUUCUGGUGCAGACGGAGAUCUUCCCAUGGUCCCCGGCAAGAUGGGCGGCCUAGCCACGCUGAAGCGAUCGACACGCACCACCUACAGACGAGGCAGUCUACGAAAAGGAGGACCACCCCUCUCACGACGGUUAGCAUCUCGGCAAACCGAGGGCGAGGGAGAAGAGUCGCCAUCUACUUCACCAGUAUAUUCUAUACCAGACGUACCUCCUCUCCCGCCCACAAGAGUUCAAUCAGAACCCGUUAAUGGAGCAUUCGAGUCGCCUUCUAAUUCUAAUUUCUCACGUCCACAGCGGAGACCCUCUAUUCCUAGUGUUGGUACGGAGCAAAGACCCGGUUCUUCCGAGGAGCAGGCGAGGCCAUCCUCGUCUGACCAAAAACCAGAACAGCGACAGCCCAAGGCUUUCCACUCGAGAAUCGCUUCCAAUGGCCGAACGACAGCGCCUCUGCCGGGCUAUAAGCCCCAGCAAGUACCACAGAUUAUUGAGACUCCACCACAAGAGCAAGAGCGGAGAUCCCCACUGCAGCUACCCGAGCGUAAUUCUUCACGACAACCCCCUCCACAGUCCCAACAGCAACCUAAUGGGCCUCGUAAUUACCCCCAGCCCUACCCGACUCAACAGCAGCAGCAGCAGCAGCAACAACAGCAACAACAACAGCAGCGACAAUCCCCUUCAAGUCGACCGAACCGGCAUGCCCAAGCGGCGCAAGCCUCCCCAAUAAAGCCCGCACAAUCGUUUGAUGACCUUGUCCAACAACCAUCGCCACUACCAGGAAACAACACGAGGGUAGAUAAUUUGUCAAUCAUCCCCAACCUCCCAGAGGACAAGAAGUCGGACAAGAAAUCAAAAGACAAAAAGGAUGAAGGCCCAAGGAAGACUAGUUGGGGCUGGCUGGUCGGCGGCGACAAGGAGAAGGAGCGAGACAAGAAAGAAAAAGAAGAGCGAGAGAAGGAAAUGGCGAAGAAGGCGAAGAACAAGCUCAGCAAACCCCAGGAAAAAGGACACGAUGACGCAAGACUCGAUGUGCUGCAAACCUCACUACAAAACAGCAACCGUGGCCGAGAAAGCGUAGUGCUAGAUCGCGAAAAUAUGAAGCUCGAGGAAGAGCGCAAGAAAGAAAGCAACCGAAAGGCGUCUAGUGAUGGCAAGAAAGAAAAGGAGCCCGGCCUGCUAUCGUCCAUCUUUGGAGGCGGCAAGAAGAAGAGCGAGAAGGAAUCGUCUCACAAGAAGAGCGCUUCACGCGGGCUAUCACCGGAACCUCCGCCACGGAUCCUGAAGCCCGACAUCGACUACAACUGGACUCGAUUCUCCAUCUUGGAAGAACGAGCAAUCUACCGCAUGGCCCACAUCAAGCUCGCCAACCCCCGCCGCGAGCUGUACUCACAAGUGCUGCUCAGUAACUUCAUGUACUCCUAUCUCGCCAAGGUUCAACAAAUGCACCCGCAGAUAUCAAUUGGAAACUCCAAACAGGCUCGGCAAGCACAACAAGCUGUACAAACGCAACAGGCGGCGCAGCACAAGAAGGAGCAGCCGCAGCCGCAGCAGCAACAGUCGCAGCAACAGCCUGAAGAGUUUGCUCAGUAUCAGCGGUAUCAGCAGCAACAACAACAACAGCAGCAGCAGCAGCAGCAGCAGCAGCAGCAGCAACAACAACAAGAGCAGCCCGACAGCGCCAGCGAGUGGCCAAGCUACCAGCAACCAGAAAAGUCAGGCCACAGACAGUCUGAAGAGAAUGGCCGCAGUCAGAGGCCAGAACAACAGGGCAAUGCAUACAAUCAAAACCCACGAGACUCGCAUCACUCGCAAUACAGCGCAAAUGGCGGAGGGUACAGCGUCGCGAACACGCAGAACUAUCUGGGCCAAUCCAGCAAGGGCUAUCACCAUCACUCGAAAUCCGAUGAGAGCAGUAGGGCCGAUGAUGACAUGUGGUAA